GCUCCCUGGAGAUGUCCUUCAGGCUGCUGGGGGUCCUCCUGCUCCUCCUGCCAGGAGGUGUCCCGGAGGAGCCGAGGAGCAUCCAGCAAAGCCCGGGCGAGGUCUGGGCGCGUCCCGGGCAGGAGGUGAAGCUGAGCUGCCGCGGAGCUGGCUACGAGCCCUGGGCGAGCUGGUACAAGGAGCAGCCGGACGGAGCCUUGCGCAGGCUUCUCCUGCGCUCUGCUCCCUCCCCUCCCGGGCAAAGAUCCUCAGCGAGGAUGGAGAAGUUGGGCAGCUUCUCCCUCACCCUCAGCCCCGUGCGGAGGGAGGACUCCGGCGUUUAUUACUGCAGCUUCUUCUCCGCCGUCCGCGCCCGCUUCGGGGCCGGGACCAGGCUGAUCGUCACCGAUGCCACUCAGCCUAAGCUCUCCAUCCUGGUGCCCGCAGACUCGGAGGAGCCUGGGCAGCCCCCGGCCCACGUCCCCCUGCUCUGCCACCUCCGCGAUGUCCCUCCGGGCUGGCACACGGUGCAGUGGCAGCCCAGCGGGGCGGUGACAGCGGUGACAGCGGUGACUGUGGAUAAUCAGAGUGUCCCCAGCGCCUGGAGCAUCACCUGGCUCCCGGCCGAGCGCUGGGAUGGGACUGCAGCCUGCACGGCCACGGAGAACGGCACAGGCAGGAGCCUCCGCGCUGCCGCCGGGUCUGCAGCAGUGAGGCUCUGCAGUGUCCCAACUCUGCCAAACCCAGAAAGGAGGCCAAAAACCACCUAAAGAAAAGAGGAAAUUGGGGGAGUCCAUGGGGUGAGAGCUGCCAGGGAGGUGCUUGGCCACAGCUCACAGAGCCCCAUCAGAAAGCUGGGGAUCUGCCCCAGGGGUGGUUUGGCAACUUGCAGGAGCUUUGCCAAAAGCAGGAGGAGUUCUUGGGGGGCUUUGCUUGAAGCACCACCCCAGAGGGGAAGUAUUUUUCUUUGCUUUUCCAGGUUCUUGAGGAGAGUU